AUGUCCGAACUUGUGAACCCUUCUAUCAUCAUCGUAGGUGGAGGUGCCUUUGGCACCUCAACGGCCUACCACCUGUCCAAGAGGGGCUACACCCGCGUCCGCGUCUUUGACCGGUUCGCCGCACCAUCAAAGGAUGCAGCUGCUACUGAUUUGAACAAGAUCGUGCGUUUCGACUAUCCCAAUCCACUCUACGCAAAACUCGGCCUGGAGGCCAUGGCGAUCUGGAAAGCGCCAGAUAACCUGUUGUCGGGAAUGUUCCGGUCGACUGGCUGGAUCAUGGCGGCGCACGAAAUGACACAGGAUUUUCUAAAGUCAGCCCAUGAGACCAGCCAAAAGGCCGGCCACACGGAGGUCAAGUUCCUUGGAGUCGAUGAGAUCAAGCAAAAGUGGCCCGAAUUUACGGGCUCGUUCCCCGGUUGGACCAACCUCUGGAGUCCAGCCGCGGGCUGGGUUCCGUCCGGUCAGGCACUUUUACGAAUGGCUACAGCGGCCCAAGCAAAUGGCGUUGAGUACGUAACGGGAGACCGCGGGUGGGUGCAGAGGCUUCUCUUUGACGACAAGGGCACUUGUAUUGGCGUUCUGAGCAAGAAUGGCGAGGCUCACUUUGCCGACGCCGUGGUCCUCUGCACUGGGGCCAACACCGCUGCAUUGAUAGACGCCAAGGACGAGAUUGUCGCGCGAUCUCACUGCGUCGGUGUCAUCCAACUCACUCAGGAAGAAGCUGAAAAGUACAAGAACCUGCCCAUCGUCGACGAUUUUGAGCAGGGGAUUCUAUUCCCUCCUGACGAGAACAACUUGCUCAAGCUAUGCAGCUGCAGGUUCAUCACUAACUACUACAACUCAAAGGUGAAGGGCGCAUCCUUGGGCCACUCGCACGAGGACUUCCCGGAAGACGGAGUUCCUCGGCAGAUAGAACAAGAGAUGAGGGAGUUUGUCCGGGACCAGAUACCCGAGCUCGCAGACCGGGAUUGGGUGUCUACCCGGAUGUGCUGGGACGGUGAUACCAAGGACAUCAACUUCAGAAUCUGCCCUUCUCCCACCAACAAGAGUCUGUUUAUUGGCACCGCAGGGUCAGGGCACGGAUUCAAGUUCAUGCCGGUGAUCGGCCGCUACAUUGUUGACAUGAUGGAGGGCAAGCUCAGUGACGAGUAUCUUGAUCUGUGGAAGUGGCGGUUCGGGGCUACACCUCCCAAGACGGGCAAGGAGCCUCAUCCUUGGCCUGCUCGUGAUCUGGGCGAGCUUGACGGCUGGAGAGGUCGUAACAAGCGGACACUACAGGUCUCGAAGAAGCGAUCUAAAGUCACGCCGGGCAUUCAAAACUCUGUAACCACGACGAGUACCAGUAACGACCAGUAUGGGUUGGCACGGACUUCUGAAACGGGUGUGCUCAGUCGUCCUCAGCCCGCCGAGCUUCUCCCCAGAGAUGUGCCUAGACGAACAUCAACAGCUGCGCCGGUGCUCAAGAAUGCGACAGCAGAAGCCUUUGUAUCUGGGCUAAAGAAGCUCGGCGGCGCACACGUGGGCGGUUCUCCAACUGCUGCGGACCCCUUCAACAACAACAUCUGGACCAUCGGCGGGUCCGACGCUCAAGACGAUGACUCUCAGUAUGAUUAUGUGCCUCUAGACUUUGACACAUCGUGUAAUAGCUGCUUGGGAAUCCUUGGCCUCAAGCUGCCCCCUUACCCCUAUGCCCUCCAGCUGGCCGGCCAAUUUGAAACAUUCAUAGGCUACGAGUACCACUGGUACCUCCGCAAUACCUUUCACACGGGCCUGGAGACCACCUACCGGAACCCCCAAGCGGCAGAGUCCCGAGAUCGCAUCUGGCUCUGCAAGCUGCUGACUGUCUUCGCCCUGGGCGAGUCGUACAACAGCUUCAACGCGCCCUCCAUCGAGAUCGCCGAUAACGCGUGCCACAGCGACGACCAGCAUGAUCAAGGAGCGGCCGGCUCCCGUCCGCCGUCCCCUCCCGGGGCAGGGUUCUUCGAACAAGCCCUGGCCCUCUUCAAGAUCCCCUCGGAAGAGCCUACAGUCGCACACAUAGAGGCCCUCAACCUCAUCGCGUUCUACUGCUACUCUCUCAACCGCCGCAGGACGGCCUUCACCUACUCGGGCCUCGCCGUCCGCCUCGCGUCCAGCCUCAUGCUGCACAAGCCCCCCUCCGCCACAUCCAAGCUGUCUGCCGUCGCCGCCGAGCACCACAAGCGCGUCUGGUGGACGACCUACCAGCUCGACGCCAUGACCUCGGCCGAGGUCGGCCUCAAGGCGACCCUGCGCUUCGACGACGCCGAGCUCCCGCUGCCCUCGGACGAAGGCCUCCUCCACCUCCCCUCGUCGCCACCACAGCAGCAACAGCAACAGCAAGAGGAUGUCGUCGGCGAGUUUCACGACGCGCAGGUGCUCGCCGCGUACCUCAAGCUGUGCAGCAUCCGCAGCGACAUCGCCGAGACGGCGGGCCGCCUGCGCGAGGAGGACUUUGCCGACUACCAGCGCGUCGUGCGGGAGCCGCUGCGGAGGCUCGAGCGGUGGCGGGCGGAGCUGCCGGCGCGGUACUCGUUCGACUUUGCCAACCUGGCUGGCGGUGGGGGCUUGCCGCCUGCCAUGCUCGCGCUGCCGUCCAUGCGGUCGCUGGCGUCGAUAUAUCUCCGCUACCACCAGGGCUACAUCAUCCUCAUCCGGCCCGUCUUCUUCAAGCUCCUCGCCACGGCCCUCGGCAAGGGGCCCAGCGACGAGUCUUCUGUGGACAACCUCAUCGGGCUCAGCAGCCGGUGCCUAGAGGCCGCGAAAUGCAACACACGGAUCAUGAUGGGUCUGUCCAACGCCGACAGGAUAGCCAAAUACGGCUUCUGGGAGUCCCUCCACGUCUUCUCCUCCGUCAACAUCUUCUCCCUGGCCCGCCUCGUGUACGCCAUCCGGCCCUUCAGCCCCUUCCCCGACCCAGAGGACCUGACGCUGUACUCGUUCGCCAAGGAGCUGCUGGUCUCCAUGGCCGGGCACGGCAACGCCGCGUCGAGGGGCCACCUCAAGCUGAUCGAGGAGACCGAGCGCCUGCUGGACGCCGUCUCGUCGCAGAGCCAGGGCGCCGAGGCCAUGGUGGGCCUGGAGAACGACAUCUUCCAGUGGAUCGAGUCGAUCGGCGACAUUGACGCCAUGCCGUCCACCUGGUGA